GGGGUUUAGGGAUUUGUGAUUGUAGGGAAAAGAAGGGGGGCGGGGGAGAGAUUGACUAGCUGUCACCAUAUAUGGAAAAGGAAGGAAGAGAGAAAGAAAGAAAGAAGAGAAACGUCAGACUGACAUGUUGUAGGCAUGGGAAAGACAACAAACUAAUAAUAUGGAAGCUUCCCCCAUCAGAGGAGGAGUUCAUGAGUAAAGUUCUUCCGGUUGAUACCGUCCCGGAAGAGAGGAGAAAACCAUGGAUUCUACAUAUGUUAGAUGUCAACACCAUGAAUUUCUGCGCCUUCGCUAUGUGUCCUUUGCAUCCAGAUAUCAAAGUGGAGGAAGAUGGGGACAGCGGGAAAGACGAGAAAGUGGAAGUAGACGUUGAAAAGGGAGAGAAAAGUGGAGAUCAAUUGUUACUCGCAGUCCCGAAUACGUUGACGUCGGAAUCGAUCGAUAUCUUCCAUGUUCCCACUCUCCACCGUCUUCACAAUAUCCCUUCGCCAGGACCAGAGAAGCCAGGCAUGAUAAUGUGUUUAUCACUCUUUUUCCAUCCUAUCACUAAAUGCUUAACCGUUCUCUCCGGUUAUGAAGACGGAUCAGUUUCCGUCUUCUCCUUCACUUCUUCUAUAUCUGCAUCCUCUUCUUUUCCUUCAUCUGCACCUUCAUCUCGGGCACCACAAUGGAACAUCGUAUAUCACUCUAAAUCGCACAUCCAACCAAUUCUCUCCCUUUCUCUAGAUCCAAGCCCAGAUCGCAAAUUCUUUCUUACCAGCGGUGCUGAUGAUCGGAUCAUCAAAUACUUAAUCCCUGCCACCACGACCCCCUUUUCUCCCUCAACAUCAAAUUCAAAAUCGAUAAUAAGCUCUGCCAAAGACGAGCCCAAAAUGCUGAAAACAGCACAUGCGGGACAACAAAGCAUAGAGAUGCGAAAUGAUGGAAAGAUUGCCGUGACCGCUGGAUGGGACGGGAGAGCAAGAGUGUACGGAGUGGCGAAGAUGAGAGAAUUGGCGGUGCUGAAGUGGCAUAAGGAUGGGUGUUUUGCUAUUGCUGUUGCGGAUGUUUUGCAAGGGGAAGGAGUGGGGAGCGGAGGAGAUGAGAAGGGAAACGAAUUGGUAGGGAGACUGGGACAGUUGGAUGUUAAAAGGGAGAGACUGAGAAAGGCGAGAGAAACACAUUGGGUUGCUGUGGGAGGGAAGGAUGGGAAAGUUAGUUUAUGGGAUGUUUAUUGAGUGAUUUGGAAAGCAGUCAUUCGCUUUCGAGCGUAUAAGUUGUAUGAGGCUAUAAACUCAUGACAUUGCGAUAUGAGUUGAUAAGGGAUUUAGAGAAUUGAAAAACACACACACAAACCACAUUGAAUGUACUGAUGAAGAUUAAUAUUAGAAUUAUUUUCA